AUGGGCUCCCGGCACUUCCCGGCGCGGACCGUGCUGUUCGAGAGGGAAUCCACCGGGGUCACGUACCGUGUGCCCGCCCUGCUCUACCUGCCCUGCGUGGCCAAGCUGCUGGCGUUUGCCGAGGAGCGCCUGAGCGCCGACGAUGCCCACGCCAACCUGCUGGUGCUGCGCCGCGGCUCCAUCUACGGCAGCUACGUGGAGUGGGAAGACAUGCGUGUGCUGGAGACGGCAACCCUGCAGCACCAUCGCUCCAUGAACCCCUGCCCGCUCUACGAUGAGUUCACGGACACCCUCUUCCUCUUCUUCAUCACGGUGCUGGGCAGGACGCCUGAAGCCUACCAGAUUGUCACUGGCCAAAAUGUCACCCGCCUGUGCUGUGUCACCAGCGCUGACCAGGGCCUGAGCUGGAGCGCAGCCACGGACCUGACACAGCAGGUCAUUGGUGCCACCAUCAAAGACUGGGCGACGUUCGCGCUGGGCCCCGGGCACGGGAUCCAGCUGCGCUCCGGCCGGCUGCUGGUGCCCGCCUACAGCUACCACAUCGACUGCAAGGAGUGCUUCGGGCAGCUCUGCAAGACCACCCCGCACUCCUUCGCCUUCUACAGCGACGACCACGGCCGCGGCUGGCGCUUCGGCGAGUUCAUCCCCAACCUGCAGACGGGCGAGUGCCAGCUGGUCUCGGUGGACGAGGAGGACGGCUCCAACGUCCUCUACUGCAACGCCCGCAGCYCCCUGGGCUUCAGGGUGCAGGCGCUCAGCACGGACGAUGGGGCGGUGUUCCACGGGGGGCAGCUGGUGCAGCGGCUGGUGGAGCCGCCCCACGGCUGCCACGGCAGCGUUAUCGGCUUCCCCGCUCCGCUCGUGUAUAUCCCCGCCGUGCCUUCCCGGGACCCCGCCGUGCCGCUCCGGGACCCCGCCGUGCCGCUGCUGCCCGGGCUGCUCCGGGGCUUUGGGCACCCGGCCGGAGAUACUGAGCCGCCCAUCAGCAGCCACCGCGAGCAAGAGGAGCCCCGUGAGGAUUGUCCYAGCCCAGAGCACCGCGAUGAUGCCCACAGUGCCGCCUCUGUCCGCGGGGACUCUGCAGCAACCCCCAGUCCGUUCUUCCAAGCGCCGACGUGGAUCCUCUACUCGCACCCCACCAGCUCCAUGUCGCGGGUCAACAUGGGCGUUCACCUGAGCACCUUCCCCAGGGACGCCGAGAGCUGGACAGAGCCCUGGGUCAUCUACGAGGGCCCGAGCGCUUACUCGGACCUGGCGUACAUGGAGCUGCCCUACAGGGACGCGCCGGUGGCCGGCGGCACGGCCAUCGCCUUCGCCUGCCUCUACGAGAACGGGCUGCGCUCGCCCUACGAGCAGAUCUCCUUCAGCAUGUUCACCCUGCACGAUGUGCUCCAGAACAUCCCCCUGACGGCCACUGUCCCCCGGCCGGGCCGCGGCCCCACUCGCCACCGCGCCAAGAGGCGGCCGAGGAGCUGCCUCAUCUCCUAGAGCCCCYCAGGGCAGCUCCAUCACCCCAGAGCCACCGUCCAGCACAGCCAUGUCACACAGAGCCGUGUCACUGUCCCCAMACUGGGGUUUAGCUCGGUUUUAUUGCUAUUUUUUUAAAUUAUAUUGGGUGGGGAGGUUUUUGCCCCCAGCCCAGCUCAGGCUCCUCCCCAUCUCUGGAAAGUGGAGGACAGCAGCAGCAGUG